AUGCCGCCCAGCUACGUCGAAAAGUUCAACCGGUACCACACCGUGCCUUUCCUUGUGUACGAAGGGUACCCUGUGUACGAGUCGGCGAUCUACAACGACGGGAAGCUCCACAGCCGCGACAGCCCCGAGCGCGCGGCGUUGGCGCAGCUGGCCCAAGCCAAGAUUGAGGCUGGCCCGUUUUUCGCCCUUCUCCUCAACCAAGACCCGGCCAUGAAGGACAAGCUCGAGGCCAACCUGCGCGAUUCGCUUGGCGAACUGGAGAAGAUCUACCGCGACCACGCGGCCGACUUUCGAGCCGACGGCCCAUAUCUUCUCGGCGCCGACCUCAGCAGCGCCGAGAUCAGCAUCGUGCCGUUCCUUUUCCACUUCAAGCACGUUCUGGGUCACUACCGCGACUUUGACGUGACCAAGGGCUUUCCGCUUCUCACGGCGGCGUACGAAGCCGCGAUCGCACGCCCGGCGUUCAAGCUCACAGUGCGCGACCCCGAGUACUAUAUCAAUGCGUAUGCCAAGUACGCCAACCUGUGA